ACUAUAGACCCGGUCACAGGGCUAGCCGGGUCUGCUGUCCUGUGUGCGGUAUGGACCCAAUGGCAAUCUAGCCGCAGAGAUGAACCCUGGGCCGAGUUGAUCUGCUGGAUCUUGCUGCCGAUAUUUUGCAAGGCUAUCACUUUGCCUAUCAAUCGAUUUGAUACAGAAAAGGUAAACGAGUUGCAGAGAUCACCCGGCCCGUGGCUGUGGUUAUUUGCAAUAUGCAUAGCAACUCGAGCAGUGUGCGAAGGAGAGCAGGGGAGUAACUGGCUUCUUCCGUUGUUGAUGCCUCUCCUCUUGGUUAUCGAGCAGUAUCUCGGGCAAGGCCUAUCAUGGCCGGCCUCUGUUUAUCCCGGUUUGAUUUUCAUGAUUUCAAAUACGCUGUUGGGCACAACCUCGAUAGCUCUCUUUGGGAUUUCCACCCUCAUUGAUUUCAAUUUGAUUCGCGUUGCGUUGUCGAUAACAUCGGCGGUAGCUUCCUUCACAAUGUACCUAACACUGCUAAACAAAGGAUCCAACCUUUCUCGACAUAUCCCUCACAUAUGUAUUCGAGAGGAUAUAAACCCGCUUUCUUUUCGGGUGACUUCAACUCUUGUCAUCGUUUUGAGCUUAAAGACCAUCACAUUUGGGUGCGCGGUCCCUCAAGUGCUUCCCACAAUCACGCUGGGCAUCUUCAAGGCUUUCACUUGGUUCUUCUUAAUUCAAACUGCACAUCAUACUACAUGGCGGAUCGCAGUACCGAUCACAACCUUCAGCAUCUUAUCAACAACUGACCCAUUUUCUCAAUCAUGGGAUAUCAAUUCCUUCUUUAUAUUGGUUGGCUCAAUCCUGCUUCUAGCCCAGAUCAUUGGAACAAUCCCUAAACAUCCAAAGACUCUCUGGGUACUAUCUCUCAUCCCCAUAAUCCCAUACCUUCUCAGUCUCCAAGCCAUCAUGUCGAGUCAACACAUGGCAAGGAUUAGUUUUCGCAACCACCAGAUGCACCCCGUGGAAGAGGCGAUACAUGUCGCGCAAGGUGAACUCAACUCCCUUAUCCAGCGACAGUCCAAAAGCUACACCGCCGCGCGCGAUGAAUACAAACGCCGGUAUGGUCUUGAACCUCCUCCAGGCUUCAAAGAAUGGUACGAGUUUGCGAAAAUGAAUCAGUCUCCGAUCAUCGACGACUUUGACUCCAUCCAAAGAACCAUCGCUCCCUUGCUGAAACUAAGUGGCCGCGAAGUUCUGGAAGCCAUGAGCGGGUUAUAUUCGCGGCCAGAUAGCGAAGUAUGGUCUUGUGAAUAUUCUUCGCAGAAGUCUGAAACACACUGCAGCCAUCCUCGGCGCACAUUCGACAGACAUAUAUCACUCUUGUUUAACAGGUUGAUGAAGGAUGUUCCUAGCGGCGUCCACUCCCUCAGGUUCCUUGUAAAUCAUUUUGACGAGCCAAGAGUCCUGACAACAUCCAAGUCCCUUACAAACCAACUGUCACAUCAAGCCGGGAGUUUAAGGCAGGGAAGAAACGGCGAUGGAUCUUCAAGCCAAAUCUGGGAUAUGGUCAGCCACGACUGCAACUUCAAAGACCUCGAAUCAGACCAAUCUGAGAACUGGUCAACUUCUUCGCCCGACAUAGGCCUCGUCCGAACCCACAGCCAACAAGUUGAUAUCUGCCAACACCCAGAAUACCAACACAUGCACGGCCUCCUCACAAACCCAGUAACAUUUCGCCCAAUCCAAGGUCCCGUCCCUGUCCUCUCGACGGGCUCGCUCUCCACCAUGGACGACAUCCUCCUCCCCAGCCCCGCCUACCUCGAGGAAGAGUUCCAAUACGACGAGGCACAGGACACGGACUGGGACAGUAAGUAUAACAAGCUAUACUGGGCAGGCUCCACGUCGGGCGGGUACGCAAACGGAAGUAACUGGAGAGACUUCCACCGCCACAGAUUCGUAAACAUGAUCCACAACCCGGCGCGAGACCAGACAUACUGGUACCUACAGCAGCAGAAGAACGGCCUAGUCGAGCGCGUCCCCUCGUCGUUCCUCAACCGCCGACUAUACAACGUCGCCUUCACCCGCGUCUUCCAGUGCGAGCCGUCCGCCUGCCACGACCAGCGCGCACACUUCAACGUCAGACCGUGGGCGCAUAAAGAUGAGGCGCUCGGGUACCGCCUCGCGUUCGACCUGGACGGCAACGGCAUCAGCGGGCGCUUCUACAAGCUGCUCGCGUCCAGGUCCGUCCCGCUGAAGCAGACCAUCAUGCGGGAGUGGCACGACGACAGGCUCGUGCCGUGGGUGCACUACAUCCCUGUGAGCCAGGAGAUGGCGGAGCUGCCGGAGCUGGUCACGUACCUGACGUCGACUAAAUCCGGGCAGGAGCAGGCAAGGAAGAUUGUUGAGCAGGGGCGGGAUUGGUAUUCGAGGGCGUUUCGUGAAGUUGACAUGACGAUUUACGUGUAUCGGCUUUUGCUGGAAUUGGCGAGGCUUCAGGAUCCGAGCAGGGAGGGAGCUAAAGAGGUUAAAUGA